GUUUCGUUUGUCUAAUGAAAAUUUCAUCUAAACAUGUUCAUUUAAAAAUUUUCAUCGCAGCUACGGAGACUAGGAGUUGCAAACCACGUUGAUACCCUAUCUUAUCUCAGGCUGUACUCUAUUUGGUGACUUAGACGCGUUUCGCCUAACUGGGUUACCCCUCGGUAUUCUGGAACAUUAGUGAAUGACCUUUAAUCGGGCUUCUCGUAGUUGAUGCUGUUACCUUGACUCAGCGCUACGUUACCCUGUCGACGUUUUGAUUUAAUUUGACACGAACAGUGUGAGGCAUUUGCGAAGCUGAUUGUCCGUUAGCAAGCCAAGAGAGAUGCCAAAAGGACUGUCCCAGCCCUGAUUCGUCAACAGCUAGAGGAAUUACUUGACAAACUGAUCCACUGUGUAGCAAUUCGUUUGCAUAAAUGCUGGAGCGAAGAUAACUAAGAAAAUUCAACGGACAAAACUUCAAGAUGUCUUCUGUUGGUGAUCUUUCAACUGAGUGUAAAUUGUCCAUCAUCCUUGAAAAGAGACCAAAGCUCAUAGAGCAAUUGGCCCUAUGCUUGGACAGAGAAAUGAGAUUUAUACCCAACUGGAGACAGUUGGCAACGGAUCUUGAUGUCGACGUGAAUGUCAUUAAAAGACUUGGACAGUACAGUGACUACAGUCCUACCAUCCGAUUGUUUGAAUUUCUCGAGGUCACUCAACCGGAUUUAACGAUUAAACAACUAAAAGACGCGCUACUGGAGAUCAGGAGGAACGACUUGUUUAGUUUGCUUUCCACGAAAGCCGGGUGCAUUGACUCUGAAAAAGUAAAAGACAUAAUCACGUCACGAAAUAUUCAAGCUCCUUCACUAACAGCUGACCUUUUGGAUGAAAUUGCAUUGGCCCUAGACGUCACCUCUCUGGUAUUGUCAAGCUGGUCCAACUUGGCAAUAAAACUGGGAGUGCCAAGAAAAACUUGUUGGGAGUUUGAACGACGUUCAACAGAUAAUCCAACCCGCAAUCUAUUGCGGUAUUUAGUUAUUACUUGUCCAGAAAUGAAAUUAAAAACUCUGAAGGAUGCCCUGGAUUCCAUCAAAAGGAAGGAUGUACUAAAAAUUCUACAAAAACAGGAUCAAGGAGAUGAUGUAUUUCUGAAGGACGUAAUGGCACAAAAACCGGAACUUGUAGAAACAAUGGCAGAAAACCUCAACCGCGAAGAAGUACCAGGCGUCAAAAACUGGAUCCAUCUCGCCAGCAAACUGAACGUGCCCGAUGAUGUGCGUCAGGAAUUGGGUGCGACAGAAAAAAAGCGGAAAAGUCCCACCAAGGAAGUUAUUCAAUGGGUGGCCGUUAACUUACCGGAGAAAACAUUAAGUGACGUCGUAAAUGCUUUGGACAGGAUCCAGCGUAACGAUGCUAUUCAGAUUAUAUCAAUGCAAUUUCCAGACACAGUUGAAUCAACUUUGGAGCGACUUCGUUGUUCACCACAAGACAGUUUCAGAGUGCCUGAUCCCACAGGUCAUAAUUCAUCCACCAGCGACAAUUGGAAGGAGAAGAUUUCUCUUCCAAAGGAAGUUGCAGACGUUAGGGAACAUUCAGGUCACUGUGGAACAUUACCCGAUCAAAUAGAUUUAGUGGGCCGCAAUGAAACCUGCGAAAGGAUCAUAACUGCCUUGUCUUCGAACAAGGCGGUUGAAAUUGUAGCGCCACCUGGAUAUGGGAAAACCUCUGUGGUAAUUGAAGUCGCCCAUCGGUUGAUCAACAGGGGAAAGCUCAUUGCCUAUGUUAAUCCAAGAGGUGUCACUUGUGUAGAAGACUUGGCAAGCGAUAUCAUCGAAGCUUUAGGUUUCGUUCCCAGCGAAGAUACUAUCACUGAGGCAAUUCGUCGCAUACGUGCUUUAAAAACAAAGUCAAGGGUGCUUCUUAUCGAAAACAUUGACAACUUACUUCACCUCGAGGCUCAAGUUCGCAAGGAUGAAUACCUGCAAGAGCUGAACUCCAAAAAUUACUGCACCAAAAUGCGCGGGAAAUUUACAAAGGAUGAAUUCUUGUCAUUUCUAAAAGACAUAGGAAAAUGCCCAACCAUUCAUCUUGUUCUAACAUCUAGAGAAUUCUAUGAUUUCAGUGUGUCUUUCCCUAUUGAGCUGAUUGAUUUAGAGCCUCUGAAAGACAAUGAUUCAGCUACUUUGUUCAAAAAGUGUGACGACAGACUAGACGAAGGCUCGAUCAAUGAGCUGGUCAGAGUUUGUGGCGGCAUUCCUCUUAUUAUCUGUACUGUUCGCUCAAUUCUUAGAAGAGAAAAUCCAGAGAGGUUCACCCAAAGACUUACUUCAUGUUCACCUCAAACUCUUCUUAAAUUACUGAGCCCUGACUUUCAAGCGAGUGACGAUCGCAUCGAUAGGUGUCUACAGAUCUGUUUUGAUCGCUUUAGUGAAGAGAAUCAGAAGAUAUUUGUAAUGUUCUCAACAUUUCCGAAAGGAUUUACGGAAGAACAAUUUGACGCGUGCUUCAAGUCUUCAAUUGGAGGUGAUCUGCAGACGUUUCCAAUUUGCUUGAAACAAAGCAGCCUCCUAAACUUUGACAGAAAUAACUGUCUUUACUCUAUUCAUCCUUUUAUAAGAGACUUUUUUUCAUCAAUGCCCGAACACAAAGAAGCCAAAUCAGUCUUCUUACGUCACUACAGUAAUUUGACUGUUUCCCUUUGCAAAACAUUUUUGAGUGCGGAUAAGAAGUCUGCAAUUAAUCGCUACAGAUCUGAAAAGGACAACAUUCGAGAGGCUAUGGCUUGGUGUGGAGAUCAUCCUGAGCUUGACCAAACCGUGAGGGAGCACUGUGUUGCUGCUUUCAACGAUGCCGCCGUAUUUCUCGCAAAGAUGAUGCGAAAACAAGAGUUUGUCUCCCUCUUUUGCAAGUUUGCGUAUCGAUGUCAACGUGACAGGCAUCUAUUGAGCGCUUGCUUGACAAACAUCGGAGUCAAAAUAGUUUUAAGCUGCACAUGCAGACCGUACAUUUGCCCUAGAGCGUUGUAUCAAGCGAAGAGAUUUUUGGCACGUGCUAAGCAAAUCCAUUCAGAGCUUACAAACGUGAAUGAAGCUAUUCGUGCCCACUGCUUGAGUAAGCUUGGAUUCUGUUGUGUUCGAGAGGGACGCUUUGGCGAAGGAUAUGACUAUCUUAACGAGGCCAUAGCGUUAAGAACAAAGAGAGAAAAAAAAUCAGAUGAGACCAAGGACAAAGUCAUGUUAGGAGCGUGUUAUAAUGAUAUCGCAGCUUCUCAAAUGGUGCAAAGGAAACACAUGUGUGCUAUCCAAACAAGACUCUGCUAUGUGCUUCCUCUAUACGAACAAAAUCUCGGGGAGCAUCCUUUCACGGCAACAACACUCGACUGGAUUGGCAAAAGUUACCACGCCUUAGGUGACUACGACAAUGCUGUUAAAUAUAUCGGUAAAUCAGUUGAAAUGCGAAAGCAACUGCUGGGGCACCAUCAGGAAACUGCUAAGUCUAUUCGUGAUUUGGGAGUGGCUUUGAGCGCGAAAGAAGAUUACCCAAGUGCCCUAAGAUAUCUUAAAGAGGCCAUUGAUUUGCAAGAAGAAGUAUCAGACACACAUCUACAACUAAUUCACACUCACCAAGACAUGGCAAUUGCCCUGCGUGGUCUCGGAAGAAACGGCGAGGCCGAGGACGAAAUGACACGUGCUGCGGAGUGCGCAAAAAAGUUGGAAAAGGAAGAAAAAGAAGAAGAAAAAGACUGGAUGGAUUUCUCAUGAACAGAAAUAAGAUUUUGAAAAGAGGAUCUUCCACACUGUAAAGAAGCAAAACAAUCUAUCGAUUGAUCGAUGGGCUCUCAUGAACACUUAAGCAACGCAGUGACUCAGUCGCUAAGUCUGUCCUUUCUUGGACCUCCAUACGUGUGUAUCAAUCAGUCGAAACUUAGGAAGAACCCCUGUUAGAUUUUUGUUAGGAUGAGUGGAUGUAAUCAGCCAAUUUCAAGUUUUUUUUUUUCAAAAAGGAAGAUCUUUAAUGUUACAUCCUAUUCUAAAUCCUGUUAUCGAGCAGAGGUUAAUCUUCAAUAGUAUUGGCAAGUUGACAUUGCCCAAUUCAUACCCGUUCUUGACAUGAAAAACCAAAAACCCAAGGGAAACCAACCAAGAUUAAAGAUCAAAGAUUAUCUUUCUUUUAUCUUCGUUAGUUGAAUUGAGCGAUCAGCUAAAAAUAGUAAAAAGCGCUGAGGAAACAUUUUUAUCGCAUUUUACUAGAAGAAAUUGUCAAAUAAAUGAUAAAAAUGUGGCCACUAAGAAGCGCUUGGCAGAGGCGAAGUUACGGGUAAAUUGUCCAACAAGUUUUUUUUUUUUUGCAUUCAAAGUUUGCACAUUGAGAAAGGAUCCCUUACCUCAAGUAGCCAUUAUCCUCAUGAAUAUCAUCAUCAUCAUUAUCAUCAUCAUAGAUAUAAAUUGAUAACAAAUUUCAACGUUAGAAUGUUAUUUAAAUAUACAAAACUCUGAGCUAAAAAUAUGUUCGUUAAAUUUAGUUUACGUUGUUUCAUGUCAUUAUCAAGUGUAAAGGGAAAACGACAGUCGUGAAUAUUGUUGACGCAAAUCGAGCCGUAGAUAUGCAACUUUUUAUCUCGACUCCGCUCAAAAGUCCAACUUGUACCCCAUGAUAUCUUAAAACUAAAAAAAGGUAGAGGUUUGCCAGCUUCGCCAAUAUAGACCAAACACUCACAAGGAAUCCUGUAGACUACGAGAGUUUGUUUGUCGCGAUGACAAACCACAAAUUGAUUACGAUACAAGCCUCAAGUUGUCAUGAA